AUGUUGAGAAAUAAUGAGAUUUUAUUGUUACUAUUAUUUUGUAAUAUUUGGCUGUCGUGUAAUGCAAAUUUUAAACUACAACACAUCGUUGAUCACGUAAACCGUGCUAACGUACCAUGGGAAGCUGGAAUUAACCAACUCGGUACGUCUGACUACAAAAACAUAGUUGGAACUUGGGGCUUUCAACAAAAUGGUAAAGAGAUCGAUAUUAUCGGUCAUAAGGUCCAUAAUUCCGAUGCGGAUGAUGGAUCGAACGAUAUGCCGGAAAACUUCGACGCCAGAAAUAAAUGGUUUGAAUGCGUUUCUAUUGGUCACAUAUGGAACCAGGGAAACUGUGCUGCCGACUGGGCGAUUUCCGUCACUUCAGCUAUCAACGACCGCAUAUGUAUCAAGUCGAAAAAAAAUAUAACCGCGUUUUAUUCUCCACAAAAAAUGUUGUCAUGUUGUGAUGACUGUGGUGACGGAUGUAAUGGCGGCUAUUCCGGAGCCGCGUGGCAAUAUUGGAUGAAAAGAGGAUUGGUCACAGGAGGCGAUUACGGUAGCAAUGAAGGCUGUCAACCAUGGUUAAUACCACCAUGUAACCAUACGAUUAUGGACGAAAGAAGUCCAUCAUAUAUGUGCGGAAAAUAUAAAUCAGAGACACCAAAGUGCACAUUAAACUGCUACAACCCAAAAUAUUCAAAACCCUUCCUAAAAGACAUUUCAAAAGGAGUACGAAUUGAUUGGAAUUGUCCGGGAAUGAUCAGGAAUGAAUUGAAAAAACAUGGGCCUGCAACUGCUAUAAUGCGUGUGUAUGAAGAUUUCCUAACAUACAAGUCAGGAAUUUAUCAACAUGUAACUGGUAAGUUACUUGGUCAGAUUACUGUAAAGGUCAUUGGAUGGGGUGUAAACAGAGGCGUUCAGUAUUGGUUGGCUGCCAACUCAUGGGGCACUUCUUGGGGAGACAAAGGAUUUUUCAAAAUCCGUCGUGGUUACAAUGAUUGUUUGUUUGAAGAUUAUUUUAUAAGCGGAAGACCAGUGUUAUAA